GUCUGCAGUCUCUGGUCAUCUCCUGUACUAUGUCCGCAGUCUCUGGUAAUUUCUGUACUAUGUCCGCAGUCUCUGGUCAUCUCCUGUACUGUGUCCGCAGUCUCUGGUCAUCUCCUGUACUGUGUCCGCAGUCUCUGGUAAUUUCUGUACUGUGUCCGCAGUCUCUGGUCAUCUCCUGUACUGUGUCCGCAGUCUCUGGUCAUCUCCUGUACUAUGUCCGCAGUCUCUGGUCAUCUCCUGUACUAUGUCCGCAAUCUCUGGUCAUCCCCUGUACUAUGCCCACAGUCUCUGGUCAUCUCCUGUACUGUGUCCGCAGUCUCUGGUCAUCUCCUGUACUGUGUCCGCAGUCUCUGGUCAUCUCCUGUACUGUGUCCGCAGUCUCUGGUCAUCUCCUGUACUGUGUCCGCAGUCUCUGGUCAUCUCCUGUACUGUGUCCGCAGUCUCUGGUCAUCUCCUGUACUGUGUCCGCAGUCUCUGGUCAUCUCCUGUACUGUGUCCGCAGUCUCUGGUCAUCUCCUGUACUGUGUCCGCAGUCUCUGGUCAUCUCCUGUACUGUGUCCGCAGUCUCUGGUCAUCUCCUGUACUAUGUUCGC